CCGUUGGGGGUGGCGAGGACCCACUGCUGUGGCGGUGCCCCCCAGAGCAGCGCGAUGGCCGGCCGUCCCUCUGACAAGAGAUACGGGCGUGGGAGCUCCGAAACCUGGCACCUUGCAGACGUCGGCUGGUUUAUGCCCCGUGGACUUGGCAUCGGGGCUCUCGCAACCCCGGGUGGGCGACAGUCCCGCACUCAUCGUGGUGUUUUUUGUUGGAGAAAUAUUAGUAUCAAAGAAUGACAACAGCUGCUUCACCAAGUGGAUGCCUUGUGCAAGAGGUCAUUAUUUACAGCUACCAGCUCUAUUGAACUCUUCCUUACAUUUCAUCCUUAUUUUCUUUUAGAAGCGGAAAAACAACUUAGGUUUGAUGUUUUGUGUGCCAUCAACUGAAAUUGGGGCCAUCAUGAAUAUAACCAAGGGUGGACUGGUGCUGUUUUCAGCUAAUUCCAAUUCAUCAUGCAUGGAACUAUCGAAGAGGAUUGCUGAGCGCUUAGGAGUUGAGAUGGGGAAGGUUCAGGUUUAUCAAGAGCCAAACAGAGAAACAAGAGUGCAGAUUCAGGAGUCUGUGAGAGGAAAGGAUGUAUUUAUCAUCCAAACAGUUUCAAAGGAUGUGAAUACAACGAUCAUGGAACUCCUGAUCAUGGUGUAUGCCUGUAAAACCUCCUGUGCCAAAAGCAUUAUUGGAGUGAUUCCUUACUUCCCGUACAGCAAACAGUGCAAGAUGAGGAAAAGGGGCUCCAUUGUCUCUAAAUUACUGGCUUCAAUGAUGUGCAAAGCUGGACUAACUCAUCUCAUUACGAUGGAUUUACAUCAGAAGGAAAUACAGGGCUUUUUCAAUAUUCCAGUUGAUAAUUUGAGAGCAUCUCCAUUUUUACUACAGUACAUUCAAGAAGAGAUACCAGACUACAGGAAUGCUGUAAUUGUGGCCAAAUCACCUGCGUCUGCAAAGAGGGCACAGUCAUUUGCUGAGCGCUUGCGGUUGGGAAUUGCUGUGAUUCAUGGGGAAGCUCAAGAUGCAGAGUCUGACAUGGUAGAUGGCCGACACUCACCACCUACAGCCAAAAAUAUAGCUGCUAUUCAUCCCAGUUUGGAGAUACCCAUGCUGAUUCCCAAGGAAAAACCACCCAUCACAGUUGUUGGAGACGUAGGAGGAAGAAUAGCUAUCAUCGUGGAUGACAUUAUAGAUGACGUUGACAGUUUUCUUGCUGCAGCCGAGACCCUCAAGGAGAGGGGGGCUUACAAGAUCUUUGUAAUGGCCACACAUGGCCUGUUAUCUUCAGACGCUCCCAGGCUGAUAGAGGAAUCUGCAAUCGAUGAAGUGGUUGUUACAAACACGAUUCCACAUGAAAUACAAAAACUCCAGUGCCCUAAAAUCAAGACUGUGGAUAUCAGCAUGAUCCUCUCGGAAGCCAUUCGCAGGAUCCAUAACGGGGAGUCGAUGUCGUACCUUUUCAGAAAUAUAGGACUGGAUGAUUAAUGAUGCUUUUUAUUCUCAAGAAACACCCCGGGCCAAACUGGAAGCGAACAGAUAAUGAGCUGUGAAGCAUUGUCAUGCUUACCUUAAUAUUUCUGUUGAGCCACUUUUUGUUUUCUCUUGGUUUAAGUAUCGAGGUAGAACAGUUUUUAAGAGCUAUUCUUUUUCUUUGCAGGGUUUGGUUUUUUUUUUGCGGGGGUGGGUGGGGAAUAAACAUUUUACAAAAAACUGUUCUAGUUGCUUUUAGGUUAGUUGCACUAUAUACAUGAUGGAAAAAAACCACAAAACACUUGAGGCAAGAAUUUGGCUUCUAAAUUAAGCAUUCCUUUUCCAAAGCCGCUUGCUACAAGUGCUUUAAAAGAUAAUAAAAUGAAGUGACUGUAUAAUAUUUGCAUUUUGAAAGCCAAAAAGGUUGUACUGUUGUAUGCAGUUAAGUGAUUUUGUAGGAGUGCUUUUAUAGAAAAGCAUAUGAAAUAUGCACCUGUAUUUAUUUUCUGCGACAAAGAAUAAAGAUUUGUUUUGUGUGAGCUUUCUAAAAA